ACGCACGCGCGAUUUCCCGCACUAGAGCGCACGUUGUCACACAUGCUGUUGUUUAUUUCAUUCGUUUUAAUUUGACUUUGCCGGUUUGAGUCCUGCAAGCAAGUGAUCCGCAUUUUUUCAGUUAUUUGAUUCCGGCAAAAGAUGUCAGCUGAAGAUGCAGUAAAAUCUGAUGCUCCAACCAAACCAUCCACAACCAUUGCCAGUACAAACAACAGUGGCAGCAGCAAAUCUCAGCCAUUGAAGCCUAACUAUACACUGAAGUUUACAUUAGCAGGACAUACUAAAGCAGUGUCAUCAGUCAAGUUCAGUCCCAAUGGAGAGUGGCUGGCAAGUUCUUCUGCAGACAAAUUGAUAAAGAUAUGGGGAGCUUAUGAUGGAAAGUUUGAGAAGACGAUAAGUGGACAUAAGCUGGGUAUCUCUGACCUAGCUUGGUCCACGGACAGCAGGCUGAUAUGUAGUGCAUCAGAUGAUAAAACACUCAAAAUAUGGGAUGUUGCCACGGGCAAGUGUUUAAAGACUUUAAAAGGACACAGCAAUUAUGUGUUUUGUUGUAACUUCAACCCUCAAUCAAACCUUAUAGUCUCUGGAUCAUUUGAUGAAAGUGUCAGGAUCUGGGAUGUGCGGACAGGGAAGUGCUUAAAAACUCUGCCAGCUCACUCUGACCCAGUUACUGCUGUCCAUUUUAACAGAGAUGGUUCUCUAAUUGUGUCCAGUAGCUAUGAUGGAUUGUGCCGUAUAUGGGAUACCGCAUCAGGCCAGUGUUUAAAAACUUUAAUUGAUGAUGAUAAUCCACCAGUGUCAUUUGUCAAAUUUUCACCCAAUGGAAAGUACAUCUUGGCAGCAACAUUAGACAACACUCUUAAAUUGUGGGACUACAGCAAAGGGAAGUGCCUGAAGACUUACAGCGGCCACAAAAAUGAAAAGUAUUGUAUAUUUGCCAACUUUUCUGUAACUGGAGGAAAGUGGAUUGUUUCCGGUUCUGAAGAUAAUAUGGUUUAUAUAUGGAAUCUCCAGACCAAGGAUAUUGUACAGAAGCUAGCUGGGCACACAGAUGUGGUUCUCUGCUGUGCUUGCCAUCCUACAGAGAAUAUUAUUGCCUCAGCAGCAUUGGAAAAUGACAAAACCAUCAAACUAUGGAGGAGUGAUGUAUAGCAAUGGUGGCCAGUGUUGAAUUUUAUUAAAUCCAAAACAUUUUCACAAUUAAGGCUAAAAUGCCACCAGGCAUCUAUCUACUUCAUAAAAGUAAAUAUUCCUGGACUCUUUUAUAUAUAGAAUUUUUUUCAGUGAAUAUUUCGGAUCUGCAAAAGUAUUUACACUGGAAUUAAGACAUCAUCCAGUUAGAAAUUUCAUCAUUUAGGAUUGUUCAUUGUAAGAGCUUUCAUUAUUCUGAAUUAUACUUGUCAUACUGAUAUAAGUGAAUGAAACAUAAAGCAGGUUUUUGCUUAUAUCUUGAAUUUUUGAGGGGAAAGCUAUUAAGUUUAGACAUUCUGCAAGGUGCUUCCACCCUUUCAUUUACUGACAUUACUUUGAUAAACAGCAUGUUCCUCUUGUUGACCAUCAAGAACAUGUUAUUAUGUCAUUUCAUGUAAGUUUUUAGUAGAUUCUCCAUGCUUUCACACAAACUCAACAGCAGCAUUAUGUUAUGUUUACGCUGAUAUUUUCAUGUGUAUCAUUUGUGUAUUUAAGAAAGGCUCAAAAUCUGACAAGAUAGAGCUUAGUCAUUACAAAGUUAAACAUUUCACUAUGCUUAUUGUACAAUUGAAAUAUAUUCUUCUGCAGCCUUAUAUGUGUAUAAAAUGAUUAAGCUGCAAAAUUUGGGCACUUGAAAAAUUGCUCAUUAUGUUAGAGUAUCAUUAUCAUAGCAUUCAGAGUGAAGUUGAAAUAUGAAAAAGAAAUUGAGUGAGUUUUGGAGAUAGCAUACUAAGUACCUCAUAGAAUGGAGAUUUUAGUAGAGAAUCAGACUUUUUUUGUGUAUAAUACCAUUUUGUGUAAAGGAUGUAUUUUUCCUUAGAGCAGUGUAAUAAAUUUCUUAAAAUAUAUAACUGUCAGUGGAACUAUGAACUAUUGCAUCUCACCAACAGAAGACACAAUUGUACAACCACCAUGCGUGCUGGAGGUACCUCAGUUUUACCUCUUAAAAAUUUCAGUCAUGAAAAUGUAGAUUUUUAUUUCAGUGAUGUCAUCUUUGCUCUUCAUUGUUGUUAUUUUAUACCCCAAUGUGUCUCAUUACUGUUAAUCAUCUGGAUAUCCAACUGCAUUUUGAUGAAUUACAAUAAUUAUUUACAUACGUAUUUAUUUUAAUAAUGCCAGUGCCCGGUCCAUAGCCAUUUUUCAAAGUUGAUGAAAGAUGUGUCUGUACAUGUAGCCAUCACUGCGUCUGUCGUCUUCACUAUGUGCACUCUGUGUCAUAAAGAACAGUGGAAAACUGUUUAACCUUUUGUUUUCAGACUUUCAGGACUGAAGUACAGUGAAAACGUGCAGGCCCUGAUAUAAAAUCAGCUUUAUUGGACCAUUUUUCCCAAAAGUUAUGCUAUUUUCUGAUUUUUUAUACAAAUAAUAUAAAAAACGAUGUACAGUUUGUCUCUAAACUUACAGAACUGAUGAAUAUUCAUUAAAUGCAGGCCUAGUUGGAAAUAAAAGAACUGAUGAACAUUCAUAAAAUACAGGAGUAGUUCAAAAAUCUGCUUGAUCUGUUUAUAAUUGUUGAAUGCCGUUUGUUUCAAUUAGUGGGUUUUUCCUCAGAUUCAAUUCUAAGGCAUGUUAACAGUCUCGCCAUUGAACUACGUAAUUAGAUUUGUAAGUGUUCUUUUGACAUUUUCUGCAGCUUAACAAUUUUGUUGAUUAUGUCAAUUGAAAAAGAUCGUAAAUUGGUUAUUUUGUAUAUGUAUAGCGUUGAAAACAGAAAGCUAUUUUAGUACAGUUA